GUCCUCGAAGUCUCGAUUUAGAUUUAUCGAUUUUAAACGCGGGAAAAGUCGAUACUCGACUGGUCAAAUAAUCGCGGCCGACAUAAGUGACGUGCGGGACCGAGUUUACUGGAGUUUAUUUCGAUUAUUCGAAAUACACGUUGAUACACGUGAUAUGUUGUGCAGCGUCGCGUUUUUGUUGAUUCUGUGAACGUCUGUCAUAUCCGAUUAAAUUCUUUUGCCUUGUGUAACCGUAGGAAUGUCUGCGCCGAAACAGAAUGUUGAGCAUAAAGAGAAGAAGAGGAAAGAGAGUAUUCUUGAUCUAUCGAAGUAUCUCGAGAAGAAUAUAAGGGUAAAAUUUGCCGGCGGCAGAGAAGCCGAGGGUAUACUUAAAGGUUAUGAUCCUCUACUCAACUUGGUACUCGACAACACAAAGGAAUAUCUCAGAGAUCCAGAUGAUCCAUAUAAAUUAAAUCAGGACACUCGUAUGCUGGGUUUGGUAGUGUGCAGAGGAACAUCCGUAGUGCUUAUCUGUCCUGUGGAUGGCAUGGAAUCUAUACAGAAUCCAUUCAUACAACAAGAGGGAUAAGCAGGAAAAACUUUUACUUUUAAUAUAUAUUAUCUUAGAAAAGAAAUCAUCCUUGUCUUAUACUAUUUCUAUUUUUUAAAUAAAAAUAUAAUUUAUUUUGCAUUAUGUAUUGAGGAAGCUUACACAUAUAAAAUACACAGGAAAUAAAACUUUCUUACAGAGAUAUAUAUUUUUAUGUCUACGUUUAUAAUAAAUAAUAUGAUUGCAUA